ACUAAAAUAAGGGCAAGCACAAUGAUUGCUAGUUCAUUAGGAUGGGGAGAUUAUAAAGCACGAUGUAUUUGUGUGUGGGCACAAAAUUGGUUAAAGUGGCGAAAACUUCCUAAAGAUAAUCGUGGCAAAUUCACAAAAGUAUCAAGCCUUCUUGAUGAUGAGAGAAUAUCCAUGAAAAUAAUGUCGUAUUUAAGAAGUCACAAAUUUAGUGUAAAUCCUAAAGUUUUAAAACAGUAUGUAGAGAAUGAAAUAUUCCUAUCCUUAGGCAUUGAAAAAAAGACAACAAUAUGUGAGAAAACGGC